AUGAAGGGCGGUCCCUCCCAGGAGUCACUCGCUUGCCGCACCGUAUCCACCGCACUCCCUACUGUAACUCCUAACUUCCGACUCCCUUGCCACUCCGUGGCUCUUGAGAAGAGCCGUGAAGGAGUAGUGCAGUCGUUCAUUGUAACUCUCCUGUCCAGUCCGCUGUCUGGAGAUGCGAUGGAGAUGUGA